AUGUUGAUCGUUCAAAAAGUUAUCUACAUAGUAUUUAAUAUACAUGAUGGUAUUGCGAGAGAGGAAGGCAAGUUAACAGAUGAGCAGAGAAGAGAGAAACUCAGGAAAGUCCCAUCUCUGUUGGAAUACUUCAGUUACUUGUUCCACUACAGUACGAUACUAGCAGGACCUGUUUGUACCUUCCGGGAAUUUAAUGAUUUUAUUGAUGGAUCAGACAUCAGACCAAAGGUACUUAUCACGCAAGAGUCAAGCCUGCUAAUGUGUACUACUCGGGAAAAUGCGGACUACCCGAUACCCAGAAAUGCAGCUGAGGCCGUUAACAACAUGUGUGGACUGGGGUUUAAUGGUUAUGACGAGAAUGGAAAAGCCAAGUGGAACCGAGUUACUAAUGUCAAUAUUUUAAAAGUCGAG